UUGUGUGUUUGUCUGCCCUUAGAACUCAUGUGAUGGUGGGCGGGAGAUGUUCUCUUUUGACUGACGGCCCACAUGACAAAUCUGAGCAGGGUUUUAUGACGGAAGUACGUCUCCAUGGGAACUUCGAGGAUCGCUGUCUGGAGACACAAUGAGACGGUCUCAUCUGAGAGGAAGUUCCAGGCUUUGCCGUUGAAAUUGAUUAGUUAGUCCGGUCUUGUGGAGUUCUUGGCUGGAGUCUUCCAGAGGGCAGGCUGUGGUUCAGCAUGAGAUAGAACUCUGGAGACAAUAUGAACCAGGAAUUGUAUUAUAUGUUCGUAAAAUUGGCUCGGGUGUGGAUACCUGAUGCAGAGGAGGUCUGGAAGUCGGCUGCGCUCACCAAGAACUACGAGGAUGGCGACGGCUCCCUGCAGCUCGCCCUGGAAGAUGGAACGAACUUGGAGCACAAGCUGGACCCCAAGACGAAGAACCUGCCCUACCUCCGGAACCCGGACAUCCUGGUGGGCGAGAACGACCUCACGGCGCUCAGCUACCUGCACGAGCCCGCCGUGCUCCACAACCUCAAAGUGCGCUUCAUCGACUCCAAGCUCAUCUACACCUACUGCGGCAUCGUGCUGGUGGCCAUCAACCCCUAUGAGUCUCUGCCCAUCUACGGCUCUGACAUCAUCAACGCCUACAGCGGGCAGAACAUGGGAGACAUGGACCCACACAUAUUCGCCGUGGCAGAGGAGGCCUACAAGCAGAUGGCCAGGGACGAGCGGAACCAGUCGAUCAUCGUGAGCGGGGAGUCGGGCGCGGGGAAGACGGUGUCGGCCAAGUACGCCAUGAGGUACUUCGCCACGGUCAGCGGCACCACCAGUGAGGCCAACGUGGAGCAGAAGGUGCUGGCCUCCAACCCCAUCAUGGAGGCCAUAGGAAACGCCAAGACGACCAGGAACGACAACAGCAGUCGCUUCGGCAAGUACAUCGAGAUCGGCUUCGACCCGCGCUACCGCAUCAUCGGCGCCAACAUGAGGACCUACCUGCUGGAGAAGUCCCGCGUGGUGUUCCAGGCGGACGAGGAGAGGAACUACCACAUCUUCUACCAGCUGUGUGCUUCGGCUCACCUGCCUGAACUCAAGGAUCUGCGUCUGGGAAGUGCCAACGACUUCCUGUACACUCGGCAGGGCCGCAGCCCCGUCAUCGAGGGCGUGGACGACACCAAGGAGCUGAGCACCACGCGACACGCCUUCACGCUGCUGGGGGUGAACGAGUCCUACCAGAUGGGGUUGUUCCAGGUCCUGGCUGCCAUCCUGCACCUUGGAAACGUGGAGGUGAAGGACCGGGACUCUGACAGCAGCGUCAUCCCGCCCAACAACAGCCACCUGACGGCCUUCUGCGAGCUGGUGGGCGUGUCCUACCAGGACAUGUCCCAUUGGCUGUGCCACAGGAAGUUGCGGACGGCCACGGAGACCUACAUCAAGACGGUGCCGCGGCUGCAGGCGGUGAACGCCCGCGACGCGCUCGCCAAGCACGUGUACGCCAAGCUGUUCAGCUGGAUCGUGGAGCACGUCAACAAGGCGCUGGUCACCAACAUCAAGCAGAGGUCCUUCAUCGGCGUCCUGGACAUCUACGGGUUUGAGACCUUUGAGAUCAACAGCUUCGAGCAGUUCUGCAUCAACUACGCCAACGAGAAGCUUCAGCAGCAGUUCAACAUGCAUGUGUUUAAGCUGGAGCAGGAGGAGUACAUGAGGGAGGAGAUUCCGUGGACGCUGAUCGACUUCUACGACAACCAGCCGUGCAUCAACCUGAUCGAGGCCAAGAUGGGCGUCCUGGACCUGUUGGACGAGGAGUGCAAGAUGCCAAAGGGUUCGGACGAGUCGUGGGCCCAGAAGCUGUACAACACCCACCUGAAGACCUGCUCGCUGUUCCAGAAGCCUCGCCUGUCCAACCGGGCCUUCAUUAUCCAGCACUUCGCUGACAAGGUGGAGUACCAGUGCGAGGGUUUCCUAGAGAAGAACAAAGACACAGUGAAUGAGGAGCAGAUAAACGUGUUGAAGGCCAGCAAGUUCCCCCUGCUGGUGGAGCUGUUCCAGGACGGGGAGAAGGCGGUCAGUCCGACGGGCCAGCCGCAGGGCGCUGGGGGGCGCACCCGGCUCAGUGUCAAGCCCGACAAGGGCCGGACCUCCAGCAGGGAGCACAAGAAGACAGUGGGCUGCCAGUUCCGGAACUCUCUUCAGAUGCUGAUGGACACGCUGAACGCCACGACCCCCCACUACGUCCGCUGCAUCAAGCCCAACGACUUCAAGCUGGCCUUCUCGUUCGACCCCAUGCGGGCCGUCCAGCAGCUCCGCGCCUGUGGAGUCCUGGAGACCAUCCGCAUCUCUGCAGCCGGCUUCCCCUCCAGGUGGACCUACCAGGAGUUCUACAGCCGCUACCGGGUGCUGAUGAAGCAGAAGGACGUUCUUCAGGACAAGCGGCUGACCUGCAGGAAUGUUCUGGAAUUCCUCGUUCAGGACCAGGACAAGUACCAGUUCGGUAAGACCAAGAUCUUCUUCCGGGCGGGCCAGGUGGCCUACCUGGAGAAGCUGCGCUCGGACAAGCUGCGCGUGGCGUGCGUCCGCAUCCAGAAGACCAUCCGCUGCUGGCUGGCCCGCAAGAAGUUCCUCCGCCAGCGCCGCUCGGCCAUCACCAUCCAGAGGUUCACCCGGGGCUUCCAGGCCCGCUGCCUGGCCAAGUUCAUGCGUCGCACCUCGGCAGCCACCACCAUCCAGAAGUACCAGAGGAUGUGUGUGGCCCGCCGGCGCUACAGACAGAAGCAGGCCGCCGCCCUGGCCAUGCAGACCAUCCUGAGGGCCUACAUGGCCCGGCAGAAGUACCGAGCGCUGCUACGGGAGAGCAAGGCGGUGGUGAUCCAGAAGCACGCCCGCGGCCUGUUGGCGCGCCGCCGCUUCAAGCGCUGCCUGCGGGCCAUCGUGUACCUGCAGUGCUGCCUGCGCCGGAUGCGCGCCCGCUGGGAGCUGAAGAAGCUGAAGAUCGAGGCGCGCUCCGUGGAGCACUUCAAGAAGCUCAACAUCGGCAUGGAGAACAAGAUCAUGCAGCUGCAGCGCCGCAUCGACGAGCAGAACAACAACCACCGGGCCACCGUGGACAAGCUGGCGACGCUGGAGGCGGGCCACGCGGCGGACAGCGAGCGCAUGCGCGUCGAGGUGACGCGGCUCCGCGGCGUCGAGGAGGACGCGCGCAACAACGCCAACCGGGCCAACAGCCUGCAGGGGGAGCUGGAGAGGCUAAAGAAGGAGCUGGCCACCACGCAGAAGGAGAAGAAGACCAUCGAGGACUGGGCCACCAAGUACCGCGACGAGAUGGAGAAGAUGGUCUCCGAGCUGAAGUCUCAGAAUGGAUUGCUGAAGUCGGAGAAGGACGACUUGAACAGGAUGAUUCAGGAACAGCGUCAACAGAUGACGGAGCAAAUGGCGCGAGCGAUAGCGGAGGAGACGCAGCAGCUGGAGACGGACCUGAACGAGGAGCGCUCCCGCUACCAGAACCUCCUGACGGAGCACCUGCGCCUCGAGGAGAAGCACGACGACCUCAAGGAGGAGAUGGCUCUGUCCUCGAACACCGGCAGGCCCGGCCACAGAAGAACAGACUCCACCCACAGCAGCAACGAAUCAGAGUACACCUACAACUCCGAGUACGCCGAGGCGGACGAAGGAUCCCGCGUCUCGGAGGUAGACGGCGGGCGGGCUCACAUGGACUCGGGCCGUGGCAUGGACACCAACCUGACCCUGAAGCUGCAGAAGCGCCUGGGGGAGCUGGAGCAGGACAAGCAGCAGCUCCGCGACGAGCUGGAGAACAAGGAGGAGCUGUUCCAGCGGGCUAGAGCCCGGGACGACGUGGAGCAUAAGAAGGCUCGCGGAGCCGAGCUGGAGUACGAAUCCCUUAAGCGCCAGGAGCUAGAGUCGGAGAACAAGAAGCUGAAGCACAACCUGGCGGAGAUGAGGCAGAGCCUCCUGGGUAACCAGGCCACGGGGGCCGGGGCCCCGGGCUCCCCGGCCUACAAGGUGCUUCUGGAUCAGCUCAACUCCUCCUCCGAGGAGCUGGACGUCCGUAAGGAGGAGGUGCUGAUCCUGCGCUCCCAGCUGGUCAGCCAGAAGGAGGCCACGCAUCACAAGGAGACCAUGACAGAACCUACUCACCAUGUGGUGGAUGUGUCCAAGCUGAAAGACACUGACGAAAUCAAACAGGCUUACGUUGGCCUCAAAGAUACGAACAGGCUGCUGGAGAGCCAGUUGCAGGCGCAGCGGCGUAGCUAUGACAACGAGACGGAGGGGCUGCGCAGCGAGCUGCAGAACGUCAAGGAGGAAAACAACCGGCAGCAGCAGCUGCUGGCCCAGAACCUGCAGCUGCCUCCGGAGGCUCGCAUCGAAGCCAGCCUGCAGCACGAGAUCACCAGGCUCACCAACGAGAACCUGGAGAUCUUGACCGACAACCAAGACCCCACAGCAUCCCGAGAGGCGCGGGUCACCAUUUUGCGACGGAUGGUUGAUCUGAUGGAGCAGUUGGAGAAGCAGGAUAAAACCAUCCGGAAGCUCAAGAAGCAGCUGAAGGUUUACUCCAAGCGGAUCGGGGAGAUGGGAGUGGGGCAGACAGAGGGCCAGACCUCCCCAGGCCAGAUGGUGGAUGAGCCGGUCCGAGCAGUCAGCAUCCCCCGCAGGGAGAAGGACUUCCAGGGAAUGCUGGAGUACAAGAGGCAGGAUGAGCUGAAGCUGGUCAAGAACCUCAUCCUAGAGCUGAAGCCGCGGGGCGUGGCCGUGAACCUGAUCCCAGGGCUGCCCGCCUACAUCCUGUUCAUGUGUCUGCGGCACGCCGACUACGUCAACGACGACGAGAAGGUCCGCACGCUGCUGGCCUCCACCAUCAACUGCAUCAAGAAGAUCCUCAAGAAACGGGGCGAUGACUUUGAGACGGUUUCCUUCUGGUUGGCCAACACCUGCCGCUUCCUGCACUGCCUCAAACAGUACAGCGGAGAUGAGGUCUUCAUGAAACACAACAGCGCGAGGCAGAAUGAACACUGCCUGUCUAACUUCGACCUGGCCGAGUACCGACAGGUGAUCAGCGACCUGGCCAUCCAGAUCUACCAGCAGCUCAUCAAGUGCAUGGAGAACAUCCUACAGGCCAUGAUCGUGUCCGGCAUGCUGGAGCACGAGACCAUCCAGGGCGUGUCGGGGGUGAAGCCCACCGGCCUCCGCAAGCGCACCUCCAGCAUCGCGGACGAGGGCAUGUACACGCUGGAGUCCAUCCUGCGGCAGCUGGGCGCCUUCCACUCCACCAUGUGCCAGCACGGCACCGACCCCGAGCUCAUCAAGCAGGUGGUCAAGCAGCAGUUCUACAUCAUCGGCGCCGUCACCCUCAACAACCUGCUGCUGCGCAAGGACAUGUGCUCCUGGAGCAAGGGCAUGCAGAUCAGGUACAACGUGAGCCAGCUGGAGGAGUGGCUGCGGGACAAGAACCUGAUGGUGUGCGGGGCCAAGGAGACCCUGGAGCCGCUGAUCCAGGCCGCCCAGCUGCUGCAGGUCAAGAAGAAGACGGACGAGGACGCCGAGGCCAUCUGCUCCAUGUGCCACGCCCUCACCACCGCCCAGAUCGUGAAGGUGCUGAACCUGUACACCCCGGUCAACGAGUUCGAGGAGAGGGUGUCCGUGUCCUUCAUCAGAACCAUCCAGACCCGUUUGCGCGGCCGCUGCGAGUCGCCCCAGCUGCUCAUGGACACCAAGGUCAUCUACCCGGUGACCUUCCCCUUCAACCCCUCCGCCCUGGCCCUGGAGACCAUCCAGAUCCCCAGCUCCCUCAACCUGGGCUUCCUGGUCCGGGUCUAGACCCAGGACACACACACACACACACACACACACACACACACACACACACACACACACACACACACACACACACACACACACACACACACACACACACACCUUGAGACAUACACACACACACACACCUUGAGACAUACACACACACACACACACCUUGAGACAUACACACACGCGCGCGGGCACACCCAUACAAUCGCAUACACACACACACACACACCUCUCCACACAAACACACAUCUUGAGACACAAACACACACACACACGCAAACAUAAACACACAAGCGUAUAUUAGAAACACCCAUUGGCACAAUCACCAUCUUCUCAAAUGCAUCUGUAUAAUACUCAUACACAUGCAGACAAUUACACACUCAUGAAUACACGCACACACACAAACACAAACAUAUACACACAAAGUAUACAUAUAUAAAUAUAGAUCUAUAAAUAUCAUUAAUUAAAUGUAUCAUUCUAGGAUGUCCUAUUUAUUUAUUGAGUAUCACUAACCCGUGGUUUUCAUGUGAAUGCGUGUUGGAUAUUACACUAGUCCCACGAUAGCUGCUUGUAUGUCGGACAGCAUUAACUUAAGCAUUAGUACGUAGUGUGUACUAAUAAUUUGACAUGUGGUUUUGAAACUAGCUGUUGGUCGUUGUUUAGCUUUGGUAUCUUAGCGCAGAGCUCUUGGUUAGCUUUGCCCCGUGAAGCUCACGCCUCUGGGAGAGCAACUGGAGCCGUGAUGUAGCGUAUUGCGGAGUGCGUUUUAGGAAGGAUGAGGAGUGUUGAAGGUUUCAGAGCUUAUUAGGAAUCUCUGUGUUGAGAGCCAUUGUUUAAGAGUAAACACUACACCCGUAACAUAAAAACAUAUCAGCCCAAACUAAACGAUCACAGACCAGCUCAACAAACUGAAUUUCAAGUUUUUUGAGAUCCAAGCUAUAUUGUUUUAUAGUUAAUGUAGUGUAUUUAUAUUGUUAACUAAUGUAGUUGACUAUAUAACGAUAAGUAACAUUUAGAGUAUUAUCGGUACCACACACACACACACACACACACACACACACACACACACACACACACACACACACACACACACACACACACACACACACACACACACACAUAUAUUUUACUAUGACCAGCUCAAAAUAAAUUAUUUCAGUAUUAUUAUUGUUGUUGCGGACGGUGAGAUUGGUCUUCCCUCAGGAGCUUGUUGUCCUAGCGCCUCUGGACACGUCCACUGUUGCAUGUUUUAUGUCCACUGUUACAUUCAUGUUGCUUUGUGUUUUAUUUAUUCCAUCACCGCUCUGUUUUGGACCUCUUGCGUUACCUGCCUCAAACCCACCUGUAAAGACCCUCAUGCCUUCCCAAUCUGUGGCCAAAAAAGGAACAAAGUCAGCUUUUAUGUCCCAAAACGGUUUUGUUUAUUUCUCUGCAAGUUGACUAAUUUUUUUUUGUGUUGAAACAACCCAGUCCCUUGCCUUGUAUUUGGAGGACUGUGACGCUAGCUUGGUACAGGUGGUUUAGCUUUGAAGGUAGCUGGCCUAUAGGACAGGACUUAGUUGUUUACCUGCUAAGUUCCCAUGCUGUUCCCCUCUUACUCUGGUCUAUUCUCCAAUGGAAAACCAAAGGUGUCUCACUGUCUACCAUGUCCUGGAGCAUCUACCUUCACAGCUUGUUACUUGGUGGAAACACAAUUACAUGAGCAUGAUAUCUGGCUAGCCUGCUUUCAGCCGGCCUUUGCUUGGCAUGACUUCCACCGACACACAGUAAUAUAUCAGCUAGUUACUCAGAACCUAAUUUGGUAUUCAUUUAUCUAGGAUUUAAUAUGGCGAACACGAGAAGAAACACUGUCUAGAUUAGGGGUUUUAUGAAGUCUGCCCAUUGUUUUGUGAUAAUUAGACCCUUGUGUUGAAGGCCUUCUAGUCUCCUAUAUCAUUACCUUAUUCAUCCCACUAACAGUAGUAUUCACCGUAAACCAAUUAUGCCUGUACACAUUAGUUUGAACCUUGAUUGCCCUUUGACCUCACCCUUCUACAAGAUAAUUUCAUUUUGGUAGGCGUGUCUCACAUCAGGUCCCAAAAAAGUCACCAGCCAAAAUGAGCUCCCUCGCUCUGAGUGGAGCUCUCAAAGGUUGAUUUGGAGACUGCUGGUCGAAAUACGGGUGCUGAGAAAGAUAUCUGACCAAACUGAAAUAUACAAUUAAAAGCCAAGACGAGACCCUUCUCGCUCAGACAGGGACGAGCUAGAAAUUAUGAUUCUUUUUUUUUUUAAUGUUCUUUUUUUUAAAUAAAUACAUACUGUCAUAUCUCAUAUCUUACCAGAGCUUGUGAAAAUGCCAUUUCCUUUUGCAAAUGUAUAUUUUGAGGAACAAUAGGCAGUUCCAGGUUUUGUUUAAAUGGAGAAGACGUUUCUACAUACUGGAUGAAAUGUAGAGCUAAUGAACGAUUUAACCAUAUGAAUGUUCAGAAAUUGUAAAAGAUUCGUACGUCAAUUUAAGCUGUACAUGAUUUGGGCAAGCCUUAUCUGAAUUAUUUGCUAUCUGAAUGAUUUCAACGAAUCACUUGCAAUGCUUUUUUUCCAUGUCUCUGUCAAUGCAGUAUUUUUGUUGCUGGUUUUCACUGUAAAAUGGAUUUGAAUAUCUGCGAAAUGUUCAUGUUUUUUUCGAUUCGGUGUCCUUUGUGCAAACAUUACGUGUUUUUAGAUAUGUUACUUUGUUAUGCUGUAGGUCAUAAUGCACUUUUUAAAAAAAUAUCGCAGACAACGUCCUAUCAAUGCAAAUGGUCACAUGUAAAAAAAGAAAAAAAAGAUUCCACGCUGUCUUAAGCCUUUUUAUUUCGUAGGUCCUCGCACCUCAUUGCAGAGCGUCAAACACAUUCCCUGCAGAGCUACGAAGAGGCUCUCCUCCCCUAGUUUAGCUCCCCCCGCUCCCUAUUACGUGUUACACAGUGAACUAUGAACGGCCCCCUUUUGUUUCAGCCAGACGCCCCCAUAAGGGCAUUGCUAGGCCACGUGGAAAACCUGGCCUAGAUUCAAAGGGAGAACCCUGUUCGCCGACUUUUGUCAAGCUGGCUCAUCUCAACCCCGCCUAACCUGGGCUUCCCCCGGGGUCUGACUCUACAGGCCGUUCCCUCGUUCACUUUUAGUUUUCCCCGACGGAGAGACUGCUGUAUAUUGAGGAGUACACACGAUGAAGGAUCAUGUUAUCAUCAGCACUAGCUUCCACGCCGAUACUUUGAAAUCCCCAGACACCCGGCUGGGGAACAUCCUUGUCUUCAUCUGUGCUGCCUGGUACCGUACCGGUGCAGACCAGCUAAGACCGGUCGUCCCCUCUCCCGCCUAGUCUCACGCCAAAACCCGUGUAAAAAUUUGACAAACUUGACCGUUUGUAAUCUCUGGUAGCUGUGCUUUGUGAAUGUCUUCACCAAUACGAAACUUUGAAUACGUUUAAAAUGUCAAAUGUGUAAAAGUUAAAUAAAUGAAUUCAGCAUUGACUGUCAAGGAGAA